UUUUUUUAAUUGUUUUGCUAGACCAGAAUAAAUAAGAUAAUCCUGGCUGGUUUCGUGGCUGGUUUGUUUGAAGAUGUUUGAGAAGAAUCUAAAUGACCUUGUUCGUGGUUUGCGAAACAAUAAAAGCAGAGAGCCACAAUUUAUUGCAGAAUGUUUGGAUGAGAUAAAAAACGAGCUUCGGCAAGAGAACAUGGCUUUAAAAGCCAUUGCUGUUUUAAAAUUAUCCUAUAUUCAAAUGUUGGGUUAUGACAUUUCAUGGGCUGCAUUUAAUAUCAUUGAAGUGAUGAGUUCACCGAAGUUUACACAUAAGCGAAUAGCAUACAUGGCAGCAUCACAAAGUUUCCACUCUGAGCUUGAUGUACUUAUGUUGGCCACAAAUUUGAUAAAAAAGGACAUGAACAGUCAGAACCAAUAUGAUGCAGGAUCAGCCAUGGUUGGUUUAUCAUGUUUUGUUUCGCCAGACCUUGCUAGGGAUUUGGCCAAUGACAUCAUGAGUAUGAUGGUAUCGUCAAAGCCAUAUAUCAGGAAACGAGCAGUUUUGCUGAUGUAUAAAAUUUUUCUAAACUUUCCAGAGUCUUUAAGACCUGCUUUUCCUCGUUUAAAAGAAAGACUAGAGGAUCCAGAUACAGGUGUACAAUGUGCGGCAGUCAAUGUUAUAUGUGAAUUAGCACGAAAGAAUCCGAAAAAUUAUCUUGCGCUUGCUCCUUUGUUUUUCAAAUUGAUGACCACAUCUUCCAAUAACUGGAUGUUGAUAAAGAUUAUUAAAUUGUUUGGUGCUUUAUGUCCUCUUGAACCUCGACUUGGGAAGAAAUUACUCGAACCACUUACUAGUCUUAUACACAGAUCUUGCUCAGACAUCAAGACUUGUCGACGUGAACGAGACUUCGUAAUGGCUGCUAAAAAAGUACUAGACACACAAAUUAAAACAGUUAACGGUGACAUCGAACAACCUACACGUAGAUUUAGGUCUGAAAGUGAUGGUGUAAAAUUCAGUCACUCAGGAAUAAGUACGUCGGCCAUGUCAUUAUUGUACGAAUGCAUCAAUACAGUUAUUGCAGGUCUUCCUGAUCAUCCACAGUCAAUUCAGUUAUGUGCAUCCAAACUCCGGCUAUUGAUUGAGGAUCCUGACCAAAAUUUGAAAUAUCUCGGUUUGCUUUUGCUGAAUAAAAUAUUAAAGUGUCAACCGAAAUUGGUGCUUGGUCAAAAAGAUUUAAUAUUGCGAUGUUUGGAUGACAAAGACGAAUCCAUUCGAUUCCGAGCGCUUGAUUUAAUUGCUGGCAUGAUCACAAAGAAAUCUUUGGUUGAUAUCGUGAAAAAACUGAUGCAACACAUCGAGAAAACUGAAGGUACAACGUAUCGAGACGAACUUGUCUCAAAAAUCAUUCAAGUGUGCAGUCAAUCAAAUUAUCAGUUCAUCACGAAUUUUGAAUGGUAUAUAGAUGUGUUGCUCCAACUGAGCAAUGUGGAAGGUACAAAGCAUGGUAAACUCAUCGCCAAUCAAAUGUUGGAUAUCGCAAUACGUGUCAAAGCAAUUCGAAAAUAUGCUGUUCCAGUUUUUGCGUCAUUGCUAGGAAAGACAUCUUUGUUGACAGGAAAUAGAGAUAAAAACACUUCGUGUGAAGUUUUAUUUGCAGCGGCUUGGGUAGCUGGAGAGUUUGCUGAGCAUAUUUCUGAUAUUCAUGGUGUUAUUGACUGUCUUGUCCAUCCACGUGUGACAUCACUACCCGCUCACAUACAGUGCGUGUACGUACAAGCGAUUGCGAAGAUGUUCUCUCGAGUGCUCACAAAAUCAGAAACAGAGGGAGAAGAUGAAGAAGAGGUUACUAACUUAAGUGAAAAACUGAUUACAUCAUUAACUGUGUUUACUCAAAGUUCAGAUCUUGAAGUUCAAGACAGAUCUUGCUGUGUUCUACAACUUAUUAAACUCGUCAUGAAAAUGAAAAAGGAAGGUGUGAGAUGUGCACAAGAUGUUAGCGCUUUGUUCGCCGAAGAGUUACUUCCAGUCGCACCGACAGCACAGAAGAAGGUGCCUGUACCAGAAGGGCUUGAUCUGGAUAAAUGGAUAAACGAGCCUCCAUCUGAGAGCGAGGAAAGUGAUGAAGAAGACGAAAAACCCUUCUUCACCGAUGAGAAAAACAAUUCAUCUAGUUACCAACAGAGUAGUGAGAAACAUGUUGAACUAGAUGCUGACGAACUAGAAAAGCAAAGAGAAAUACGAAGAAUGUUCCAGGAAAGCAAUCCGCAUUAUUUAAAGAUGGACACUCCAAAGAAAAAGGAUAAUAUUGAUGUUGAUGACAUUCCUGUCAAAGAAUUGGACACGUCUAUUUCGUUGAAACUUGAUUAUGAAUCAACAACAACAAAGAAGAAGGGGAAAAAGAAAGGAAAAAAAGGGAAGAAAGGACGAAAAGAAAGUGAAAGCGAGGAUGAGCCAGGGCCUGCGUACGAAGUUGCACCUGUUGUUGAUUUAGGAGGAGAUGUUACAGUAACUGAACAAAACGACAAUGGUGAUCCUCAUUCUUUGCUUAAUGUUGACCUCGAUACUCCACUUGGUGAUCACGAGAUGAUUCCGGUGCAGCAACAUCGUGUCGUGCAAGAGAAAACAAAAAGUGAGAAACCCAAGAAAAAGAAGAGUAAAAAGGGAAAAGAAGAGAAAGAAACAACUAAAAAGAAACGUUCGAAAUCACGUGGUGAAUCUGUAGAAAAUGUGGAGAAACCAACAACGACAACAAAGAAAGAAAAAACGCACAAGAAAACAAAGAAAAGAAAUAAAGAGAAGGACCAAACCGAAGCAGAGAAGAAAGCCACAUUGCUUGCACAAGCAUCGGAAUAUACAAAAGAAGUCAAAAAAGAUGAUGAUAUGGACUUUUGGCUAUCACCUGCAAAAUCACCAGAGGAAACACCAGAGGAGGAGUCUGCUGCUGCUGAUAUUAAAGAAGUACCUGCGAAAGAACCAAUUAAAACAGAGAAUGAAAAGAAAACAAAAAAGAAAAGCAAAGAAAAAGGUACGAAGGAAAAGAAGAAGAAAACUAAAAAACAACCCGAAGAAGUGCAACCUGUUGAAGACACUCCUCCUGUGGAUGCAAUGAUGUUAGAUAUCGAUGAUGUACAAAAAGCUGAUCCGUGGUCACACUAUGAUAUUCUCUGUGAAGAUAAAAACCUCAAAAUGUUAUACGAAAUUCGACCGGAUCCUAUGCAAAGCAAGCAAGUCGUUGCAUCAAUUAUAUUUAAAAAUUUAACAUCACAUCACAUACAGAAAUUGGAAUUUAACGUUUUGGAUUCUCUCAGCAUGAAAUUAGUACGACAGAUAGGUGCAUCAUCGCACGAUCCUGUGCUUGUCCCCUUUCAAUUAUUGCCAGAGAUGACAAAUGAGGGGCAAUUUGCUUUUACGGUGGAGAGCUGUGUUAUGUCGCAGCAUUUACGUGGAACUCUUACUUAUAUCGUCAAGGAAUCUGAUGGUAGUACCAGUGAAAAAUUGGAUUUUAAAAUUUUAUUUCCUGUACAUGCAUAUAUCCUUCCGCAGCCAAUCUCAACUCAAGAAUUUACUUCAUUGCUAGCUGGUGGUGAUUUGACGCAAAAACAAUCAUUAAAGAUCCCACUAUCAGAAGAGAGAGAAUUGCAAGACAUUGUGAAAAAUAUAUGCACAAAACUACGUUUAGUUGUGGUUGAACAUAUAGAUCACGGCGCUUCCUUAUAUGGUAUGACUAUCUUGCAACAUCCUGUUUGCUUGCUGGUUAAAAAAAUGAACGAUCCAGCUAUUACAGUAGAUGCGAAAAGUACAGACUUCCAACUGUUGUCUUCAGUGUUGAAAGAACUGAAGGAGAUCGUGGAAUCGUUGUGAAAGGUGAUGACGUCAUCACAAUUUAUUUUUAAUGUGAAAAUUUUAUUUUGCUAAAUUAGUAUCUACUUUGUUAAAUUAUAAUUCUGUGAAUGUUUUGUGGAAAAACGGGGUUUAAUUUAGUUUCGGGUUAAUAUCUUUUUCUCCAGGUUGGCCAUCAAUCAACAAAAAAUAUCUUAAAAUAUUUACAUUUUUUAUAGUGGAUGCUUAUAAAUGCUGAAUGUUGACACGAUUUUUAUUUAAGUUUAAAUAAAUUUUCAAAUCUCGAUACACACAAACACGUGGUCGAAAUGAAAAUUAUUUCUUUCUUGUGCUUACAAAUAUUUUCUGUGUGCUUGCUAACUUGACGACUUUGAUGAUGUUUUUUUUUUCGAGUUUCAAACGGAAUUAAUGUAAACGAAUAUUUUGGAUUUAAAAUAAACAUUUGUAUACAACUCUUGUCGCCAUUAUUAGAAUACCGCAACAUUGAUAUUUUACAGAAUAGAUGAUAUAUCAUCCGUUG